AUGCCUCGGGCGCUCAAAUCAGGAAAACCGAGGCAUGAUCCUCUCCACGUUCAGCUCGACGACGACGAACUCCUUGCAAAAUAUGGGCGAGUAUCUCAGCCGGGGAAAAGAAAGAAGUCCCGUACGCAAGGCAAAAAUGAUGGAGAAGAAGACGCGAAUGGCGAGGUGGUCCUAGAUCCAAAAACUUCCCAGCGUAUUUUUGAGCUGGCCAAGGAUCAGCAAGAUGAACUAGAGAUGCCCGAGGACGAUGAAGAGGAGACCACCGAAGUAUCUUCUUUCAGUCGACCAAGGAUGCCAGUUUUGCAGGGAGAUGAUGACGACGACGACGAGCUCUAUGGAGACGAUAUACAAGAUGCCGAAGAAAUAUUUAACAUAGAUGAAGAAGACAUGCAAACACUAGAUGCCCUCCUACCCCCAAGCUCCACCGAACGGCGAACACUUGCCGACAUAAUAUUCUCAAAAUUAGAGCAGGGGGAAUCGGGGAACUCGGCAGUGAUACAGAAAGUUCAGCAAGAUCCCGAUAAACCAGAUCCGGCUUUGGGAUUGGAUCCAAAAGUUGUCGAAUCGUACACUAAAGUCGCGUUAAUCCUCUCAACAUACAAAUCCGGACCUCUUCCAAAACUGUUUAAAAUCAUCCCAACCCUCCCAAGUUGGGCUCGCAUACUGGCCCUCACUCGACCGGAGGAAUGGUCCCCUCACGCUUGUCGAGCGGCAACCAAAAUAUUCAUUUCUAGCAUGAAACCCCCCCAGGCCCAACUUUUCCUAAGCGUCGUUUUACUUGAUGCCAUCCGUGAGGAUAUCCAACAGAAUAAGAAACUCAAUGUUCAGUACUACGAGGCUCUUAAGAAAGCGUUAUACAAGCCCAGCGCCUUUUUCAAGGGAAUCAUUUUCCCUAUGCUUGAUUCCGGCUGCUCUUUGAAGGAAGCUGCUAUUGUUGCUUCGGUUGUAGCAAAGAAUAAAGUGCCCGUGCUGCAUGCUUCGGCGGCAUUGAUGAGAAUAGCGGAGAUGGACUAUACAGGCCCUAACUCACUUUUCAUCCGUGUCCUCGUGGACAAGAAGUUUCAAUUACCUUUCAAGGUCGUCGACGCCUUGGUCUUCCACUUUAUUCGCCUGUCGAAUACUUACAAGGCGAAGACGCGGGGAGACGCCGAAAAACUGCCUGUCUUGUGGCAUCAGAGUUUACUCGCUUUCGUCCAAAGAUAUGCUUCAGAUCUUACCCCCGAACAGAAGGAUGCCUUACUCGACGUUGUCCGCGCAACGCCCCAUGCCCAGAUUGGGCCUGAAGUGAGAAGAGAGCUUGUCAAUUCCGUGCCCAGAGGUGCACCUCGGACAGACGGUGAAGGUGAUAUAGUCAUGUUGUGA